AUGAACUUGACAUCGGGCAUCGGGGUAUCGCCACAUUUAAUCAGAUAUUCAGCAUUUAUUUCUCAGCCUGAAAAAAUGUCGUCGCUGGCUCCUUGCUUCACCGUGGGCUCAAUAGUGCGCUGCAAAACUUGUUUUGGGGAGAAUAUUUCGGGAGAGGUGGUGGCUUUUGAUCUUGGCGUUAAAAUGCUGAUGAUGAAGUGUCCCUCAAGCAAAGGUGGUGGUGAUGAGCAGACCAUCUGGAAACUCACUAUUGUGAAUAUUUCCAUGUGCGUGGACAUAGAGAUAGUCAAGGAAAUGCUGCCCAUGGAGGAUGUUCAAACGCCAGAACCGAUUAAUAUCCAUAUGCUCCAAGAGCGAUUGCGAAUGACGACCGAACAGCGUUCCAUUUCCUACCGAAGUUAUCACGCCAAUGCAUCCCCUUUUGGUCAAGCUUUAUUUAGGGUGUUGGUCAAGCAUUUCGGAGAUGCCCCUGUCAAGUGGCAAAAUCUUGGGGACAACGUGGGCAUCAAUAUACUCCAUCAGGUGGUCAUAGUAGCCCCGUACGGAGUGGAAAAUAUCAGAAGCGAUGGGUGUGACCCCAAAUUACUGCCGUACGUCAGGCGCAUCGUCGCCAACUUUCACAAUAAACAAUAA